AUGGACGCCACCGCCUCGGUUAUAAAGGCGGCUUCUUACUUCGAGGGGACAUGCAACUCUUCAUCAACCCUCCUAUUGAAAAGGCGACCUCUGUGUGGCAAGUCAUCUCUACAACGGAAAGCACCACCCAUUUCCCUCGAUCCUAGCUCCAAGUUACCUCACCUGAAUGAUGAUCCCCCAUUCCCUAUUCUUUAUAACGAAGCGCUCAGUGUCACGAUUGACAUCUCAAUUCGAGAUGGAGGUGUCAAGAGCACUUGUCGCUCUCGUAUAGCCUGUUUGGUGCCGUUUCUCCUCAACAUGACCUUCAACCGACGCUCGCCCAUCCUCGUCCUCCUCCUUGUGCUCCACAACCUCUUCGCCAGUCUGGCUGUUGUUCUGCCUCCCUCCGAUAACAAGGCUCACGGCCUCCAAUCCUGGGAGGACUUACUUCCAGAGUCCAUCGAUUGUGAAGAGUUUAUUGACGCUCCGGAGUGCAGAAACCACGAUAUCAUUCGACGCAGGUCGACAGAAUGCACCUACACCGUGACCCUGCGUUCUAAAAUCUUUCCUGAUGAAGAAUUGGAAAUGUGCGCCCAUCCUAGACCUUCACUACCCUGCCGAAUGAAUGGCAAUGUUAUCUGUGAAGUUCCACCAAUGGAGGUGUCGAAAUUUGACCUUAUGAUACUCUAUCUCAUUAAUCACGAGUUGCAAGCGAGAAUCCUGCGUCUGCAGAAUCAGCAGGAAGCAGGAAGAGGCCUCAGCAUCGAUCUACAGCGCGAGAUUGAGCUGAUGAUCGCGGAUAAUGUGGCAUGGAUGUGCUCAAGAAAGUGCAACAACUCCUCGUGCGAGUUUAGCGCUGAGUUGCAAACUCAUAGGCGUACUGUGGGAAGCAUUCCAAGAAUGACCUCUCUGGUGACUGAAUAUCCUCUCUACGCUCGCAGCUCACGCCUUCAGCACAUUCAAAUCGACCUUCCGAUUGGAUCGUUUGAGAUAUCACGUCUACUGAAGAAGAAGGCGCCCUUUAGACACCUCGCUGUCUCCUCACUACCUCUCAUGGUGUCGUGCCUCAAAAACUGA